GAGGAAUCUUCCCUCUACCACUCUUGCAUUCAUUCGGCCAACACAAGGGGGAGAGCUCAAAGAAAAACCAAAGCUCUCACAAAGCUCAAUCUAGGAGAAAGCAAGAGGGAAGGAAAAACCCAACACAAAAGGCUAGGAAUUGAGGAGUUGAAAUCGCCGGAAAACCGCCAUUGUUGGGGACUGUUUUCGAGCUGCAGGCCCGAAAGCCGCCCACCUUUUGCCAAAGCCGCCCACCUUUUGUCUGCUGUCCAGAAUUUUCACUUUCAAUUGGCCUAGAACGGGGAUUGAUCGAAGGGCUUAGCAAAGGCAACUAGUUGAGCACAUCAUAAGACGCCUUGUAUAGUACGGAUGUGUUAGACUGCGGUUGACUAUUCAUACUGUACGGCGGAUUGUUGACGUGUCCGGGUAGGUCCGGGGCGUGACACCUACUGUCCUGAACAACAUCAUUUCAAUCCUGACUAACAAUUUCCACGGUCCAUGGCGUUCUUUUAUGAAUGCUGAUGCUGAUCAACGAAACCGUUGGUGGAAACUGUUUCAGAGGAAGUAUGAGUGGGAUGCCUGCUUUAAUACCAAAAUGAAAAAGAAGUUCAAGUCUCGGGCCUCUGAAUGGUUGAGCAAGAACAUUGGUAGGGCUAGGCGGGACAACAAGAAGCCUGACUGGAUUGGUGACGGAGAUUGGCAGUUGUUGCAAGAGUAUUGGGCCUCUGAUGCUUUUAAGAAGAAGAGCCAAGUUGGGAAGAAGAACCGAAACUCUAAAGCGGGAAAAGAAUCACAGUAUCGCGGUGGCAG